CCAUCCAUUGACCCAUCAGGCAGUUCCCCAUCUGCUGCGGCUCCUUUGACAAGUUUCUCUGGCAUACCAGGGACAAGGGUUUUCCUGCAAGGGCCAGCACCUGUCGGGACUCCUAGUUUCAACAGACAACAUUUUUCUCCCCAUCCUUGGACAAGUGCCUCAAACACAUGUGACUCUCCUAUUCCAUCUGUUUCUUCGGGAUCAUCUUCACCUCUUUCAGCCACUUCUGCACCUCCAACAUUGGGCCAACAAACAAAAGGAAACAGUGCCAGUCAGGAUCGAAAGAUACCUCCUCCUAUUGGAACAGAGAGGCUGGCCAGGAUUCGGCAAGGAGGAUCUGUUGCACAAGCCCCUGUAGGGACCAGUUUUGUUGCUCCUGUUGGACACAGUGGAAUCUGGUCAUUUGGUGUUAAUGCUAUGUCAGAGGGCUUGUCAGGUUGGUCACAGUCUGUUAUAGGGAGCCAUCCAGUGCAUCAACAGUUGUCAGACCCAAGCACAUUUUCCCAGCAUCAGCCAGUGGAGAGAGAUGAUUCUGGAAUGGUAGCUCCCUCUAACAUUUUUCACCAGCCAAUGGGCCUGCCGAUCUCCAUGUAUGGAGGCACCAUUAUCCCCUCUCACCCUCAGCUUGCUGAUGUGUCAGGUGGCCCACUGUUCAAUGGACUUCAUAACCCAGAUCCUGCCUGGAACCCUAUGAUAAAAGUUAUCCAGAAUUCAACUGAAUGCACUGAUGCCCAGCAGGCCAGUGUGCUUUCUUCAGUCCCUGCUCUCAAGGGGGAAGUUCCAUCACCUCAGCUAAUGAGACCAAAGAAGAGAAUUGGACAGCCAGGGGUGGCCUCUUCUAACCAGAGGGGGAUGGAGAGAGUACUCAGCAGUUAAGAGCACUGACUGUUCUUCCAGAGGACGCUGGUUCACCACAUGGCAGCUCACAACUGUCUGUAACGCCAAGAGCUGACACCCUCACACCGAAACACAUGCAGACUAAACACCGAUGCACAUAAAAUUUAAAAAAGAAAUAAAUUAUUUAAAAAAAUAAAAAAAGAAAAUCUAGAAUUUGUUUGGGUUUUGUUCUCAUUUUGGCACUGCUGGGGAUCAAACCAAAACCUUGAGCAUACCACACAAGCACUCUACCAGCUGAGCUACUUCUUCAGCCCCUUUAGUUUUUCUGUUGUUUGCCUCACUAUGUGGACCAGGCUGGUCUCAAACUUGGGAUCUGCCUGCUUCUGCCUUCCCAGUGCUGGGAGCAAAGAAGCAUGGCGCCACAUGCAUCCCACCCCUGGAGUUCUAUUUCUCAGUCUAUUUUGGUGAAUAACUUUAUUAUUAAAUAUUGGUGUGCUAUACAUUUUCUUGUACUGCACCUUCUCAGAUGAUGCCAUCCCAUACUCUUGUAUUUCGUUUUAUUUCUAUCUAGACACAGUUCCCCCCCUUGAACUUCCAGUUAUUUCAGCUCCUUACUCUAUUUUGUUACUCUGCACACAGUAUUCAUUCCUUAAUAUAAGACAUGCCCCUUUUUGUUUUCCUUUUUACAGUUCCAGCUACCAAGACUCUCAAGCCAGGAGAUUCGAAGUUAGCUUAUCUCCAUCUUCCUUAGCCUGCCCUUGACCAGAUUACUUUAUCCUCCACCUUUAAAUUUUCAUUACAUUUAUGGGGGGAGGGGUACAUGCAUAUCACCAUGCCUAUAUAGAGAUUAGAGGACUGCUUGCAAGAAUUGGAUCUCUCCUUCCACUUAUAAAAGUUCCAGGGAUCGAACUUAUAUCAUCAGGCUUGACAGCAAGUGUCUUAGUCUGCUGAGCUAUCUCACUAGCCGAUACUUUGUCCUUCUGUGUAUCUGAAUUUCAUCCAUUUAUCUGUCUACAUUGCCACUGCCCAAUGAACUCAUCUUCAGUAUCACCAUCCUCCAUGCCCCCACUCUUAGCUACUUUCUCACGUUGCUUAAAAGUGAAAUUGUCACUGGGUAGUGGUGGUGCAUACUUUGAUCCCAGCACUCAGGAGGCAGAGGCAGGCAAACUCUCUGUGAGUUUGAGGUCAUCCUGGUCUACAGGACAGCCAGGGCUAAAACAGAAAAACCCUAUCUCAAAGAAACAAACAAAAGUGAAAUUGUCAGACAAUUACCCAGUCUGCUUAGACAUGCACCACUUUUUAAGAGACUCCAAUACCUUUUAAAGAAUAAUAAAAAUAUAUGUACAUUUGUUACCUGAAAUGUGAUUCUGAAAACCUGCAGUUUCUGCAUUAACAGGAAUUGCCUGUCAUAUCACUGUGCUUAAGUUUUUUUUAAAAUUCAAUCUCAGCCAGGCUUGGUGGUGCAUGCCUUUAAGACCAGCACCCUUAGCAUGGUGGCACAUGCCUGUAGUCCCAGUUCUGGGGGAGGCAGAAGCAGUAGGAUCUCUGUGAGUUCAAGGUCAGCCUGGUCUACAAAUCGAGUCCAGGACACCCAAGGCUACACAGAGAAACCCUGUCUUGAAACAACAACAAAAAAGACCAGCAUCCUUAGAGGCAUAUAGAUCUCUGAGUUCAAAGCCAGUCUGGUCUACAUACCAAGUUCCAGGAUGGCUAGGACUGUAAGAUCCUGUCUAAAAAAUAAGAAUUUAAAAAAUUAAAUCUACUCUCUAUCAAGCCUGUCUUUGAUGUUCCUUUCCAGAGCGCUAACUAGCUAAGCUUCCUCAUCCUCACCACGCCUUUAGUUAGCUAUGUCUGAUCAAAGGGCUGGCCUCUCUUGACCACAGCCUUCCCCUCCUCCAUUCCCUAGUUAAGGUUCAGUAAAACCUUAAGUGACAGUCACAAAGCCUCUGACCUUCCUUCUGUGCUCAAGGGCAGACCCUCCAGGCACUGUGACCAAACUGCUAUCAGAGGCACUACAAAGCUGAGCUGAAGUCACUCAAGCGGGAGCCUGUCUCCCCUCCUACAAGCUCUGAGGGCAUACUUUUACCAUAAAGCAAGUUAAUAGUAAUGCUAUAUUACUCCUCCCAACAUCCAGGUAUAACUAGUAAAUAAAUAAGUAAACUCAACAUCUCUCCAGUCUGUGCAGAUCCUGAGAGUUCCCUGGGCAGGUGGGCGGAGCCCUCAGGUUAAGGGGGCGGAGCCUUCAAGUUAAGUGACUGGCCAAUGGCCCUCCCCGGGUGUGACGUACCCUAGUAUUGCCUCCUGCCACUCGCUACUGCUUAUAUCCCAGAGUUGUUUUCCGCGCUUUCAAGGCACCCGUUGUUACCUUCCUGCUGCUUGCUAUGUCUGCGUUCACGAGUUGCCCAAUUCCGGGGUGCCAGGACCGGCUGCCAGACUGCUACAGCACCACGCCGGGCGGUACACUAUAUGCAACUACCCCGGGAGGCACCAGGAUCAUCUACGACCGAAAGUUCCUGCUGGAGUGCAAGAACUCACCCAUUGCCCGGACACCUCCAUGCUGCCUUCCUCAGAUUCCCGGGGUCACAACUCUCCCAACAGUACCACCCUCCAAGCUGGAGUUGCUGAAGGAAGAGAAGCAAACAGAGGGAGAGAUAACCGAUGACGAACAAUUUGAGAUGGACAUGUAAUCCAGUGUGAGAUGACCUGUGUGAAAUUACAAAAGGAACUCUUAUGCCACUAUUGCCACCACCUCUUCUAGGGUAUCCAAGGGCCACCUGGCCUCAUCUAAUCUGGAAAAGAGUGACUUGUUGGUUCUGGGCUCUCUUUAGUUCUGAGGCAGCUAGACCAGGGACAGCAGUGGACAACCUGACAAGCCUUUAGCUUUCUCUAGUCUGUACAUAUUCCUCUCAAACCCUUGCUGUCCCCUCAGGGCUGGCACUGCGGAACAGAGUAUGUCACCUUCUGGCUGCUUAGUAAACAUUUAAAGAAA